UGGAUACCAGCCGUGAUUAAGUCCUUUUAUCAAUAAACUUCAAACAUACAAUGUCGGGACAGCUCGCUGUUUUCCAACUUUGUUCUUAUAAAAUGUACGUUUAAUUUACUUCCGUAUAUUUAGUUUUGGGAUAAGGUUGUCUGUUAAAAUACAUGUAAACAAUAAUCCCUUUAGCAGAUACUGGACUAAUCUAAAAUUUUCAGAUUUCUCGCUAGUAGCGUAUCGCAAAGGGCAUUUGGGACUGAAUUGUUUUUGAAGCUUAAUAUCAUGUAAUACGUGUGUUUUGAAAAAGAAAGUUGUAAAGGAGAAAAACAUGGCGGAAAGAAGGAAGUUUACUGAAAAUGUGCUCGGUGCCUCUGAUGAAAUUUAUGAUUACAGCUGCUCCCCUUGCGAAGAAUCUGGAGUAUAUAAGGAAGCGCAUAAAUAUUGUGAUAGUUGUAAAUUGUAUUAUUGUAAGAAAUGUCUCGUUGAUCACAACAAAUUUCCGGCUUUAAGAGGUCACUUGAUAAAGGAGGUGACCUCUCAGCCGGAACCUGCUGUUCAAACUGGGGCUCCAUGCGUAUCCGUACCAGCACCACCAGUUGAGCCGUGUGACAAACAUCCUGAAGAAAUGAUAAAGAUGUAUUGUGGUGAACAUGAUAUUGUCUGCUGCACUGUUUGUAUAGCACUUGAUCACAGAGGGUGCAAAGACGUUCACUACAUUCUAAACCUGACUAAAGAUAUCAGAACAAGUCAAGAAUACAUCGACUACGUGGAAGAGGUGACACAGAUCAAAACCAUGUACGUGGACACUAAACAGUCCAUCCAAGAUGAAAUAAAAACAAUGAACAAUGUUAAAACUGAAAUUAUCAAUGAAAUAAAAGAGUACAGAAGAGAGUUAGUUUCAAGAAUAGAAGAGCUUGAGAGUAAGUCGAUUGAAACUGUGAAUAAAAGGUAUAAGGAAAUUACAGAAAGAAUGAAUGAUACUGGAAGCCAUGUAGAUAAAUUAUUAAACAAGGUAACACAACUUGUACGAGAGAUCGAUAAUACUAGUGAGGCACAGCUGUUUGUCCAAAUGAAAAAAAUGAGACAAAUGAAAAACGAAAAUGAUAUGAUUGACAAAAAGCUUCAAACGUUUGAAGGACUUAGCUUUUCAUUAGACGACAGUAUUAGAAAUGCUCUCGGUGGCGUCGACGGACUUGCUAUCGCAAACGUACCUCUGAAAAUUCUUUCGAAGAAAGAGUAUGGUAUUAUUUUCGAUGAUGACAAAUGCGUCAUGUACGGUGUGUGUGAUAUGUGUAUAUUGGAUGAUGACACAUUGGUUUUGACAUGUGACGACAAACUGAAACGAUUUACCAGGUCAUUUAGAAAACUGGCUACCAUAUCGGUCCCAGGGGAAUCUGUGGGUAUAUGUAAAACUUCAAGAUCAAAAGAAUUAGCUAUUGCAAUACGAGACAAGCAAAGAAUACAGUUUGCUCAGUACACUGCUAAAACUAUGUCACUGACAACAUCAUUCAAAAUUGGCGUUCCAUGCAAAGGUAUUUGUGGUAGAGAUGACUACCUGUUCGUCACUUGUGGCGGAGGCAACAAUGACAAUGUCCCAGGUCAUUUAAGACAGUAUGAUAUGAAAGGUAACCUUAUCUGCACAAUUGACACUGACAAUACCUGCCGACGAAUCUUCACAUCUCCCCGUCUAAUGACUCUUGAUUCUAGCACAAAUAACAUAUAUAUAGCAGACAGAGACAACGGAAUAAUUGUUCUUGACAGGAACGGAAAGAUAGAAAGCCAUUUGUAUGAUUCGUUUCUGAAAAAUGGAGUAGGUAUUUGUCUUACAACUAGGAAUAAUAUUCUUGUGUCUGGUGUUGAUUCCUAUGAUAUACAUCAAUAUGAUGAAAAUUUCAGGUAUGUAGGAACAAUCUUGAACCUUACGGAUAAAAUGCUUAGACCUGCGGGCAUACUAAUUGAUGAAUCAAAUAAACGGUUAAUUGUUGGCACGGACGAAAACAAAACAAUAUACGUUUAUGAAGUUGAAUGUUAAAAGAGACUGUAUAAAAUUAUAAAAUAGACGAUAUGCCUGUACUUUGAUCAGAUAUCUGUUUGUUUUUUGUGUGUAUGUUUUCGAUAGGUUGCUGUCAGAAACAUGUACCUUCAUAUCUAAUCAUUAUAUCUAUGUGUCAAGCUUAUAUGAUAUUUGUUAGAAGAGCAAAAGCUGAGUAGUUAUGUUAAGGAAAUAUACCGUUUUACGUUAAAUGGUCGAAGGAAAUUGAAUAAACCAGUUGUACAAUUGUAUUAGUUUCUUACUGAGGCUAAAUUGAUUAAAUUAGUUAUAUGACAUUUUUACUUUGAGUAAAUUGAUAUAAUCAGUUGAUACUCUCAGCAGUAUCAGUAAGAAAGUUGAAAUUUGAUUAAAUGAAUUGUAUGAUUUUCGUACUGAGAGUUAUACGAUUCAGUCAGUUGUAUGACUUUCUUACUGAGUGUAAGUUAAUGGAAUCAAUGGUAUGACUUUCGUACUGAGAGUAAAUUUAUUCAAGCAGUUGUAUGACUUUCUUAAUGGAGUAAAUUAAUUAAAUCAGUCGUAUGACUUUCUAGUUAAUAGCAUAUUUAUCCAAUAAGUUGUUUGACGUUAUUACUGAGAGUAAAUUGAUUACAUUAUUUGUAUGACUUUCUUAGUAAUAUUGCUGAGAGUAAAUUUAUUGAAUCAUUUUAUGACGUUCUUAGUACUGCGAGUAAAUUGAUUCAGUUGAUACUCUCAGCAGUAUUACUAACAAAUCUGUAUGAUUUCGUACUGUGUGUAAAUUUAUUCAUUUAGUUGUGUGACUGAUUAUAUGUUGUAAAUUGUUGUAAAUUGAUUUAUACAAGCAUUUAUAUGACUUACUAACUGAGAGUAAAGUUAUUCAAGUUGUAUGACGUUCUUACUCAGGAAUUGAAUCACAUUAUUUCACAUGACUUUCUUAAUAUUUUUAUGACAUUCCUUGUACUGCGAGUAAACUGAUUCAACCAGUUGUAUGACUUUCUUACAGAGAGAAAAUUGAUUCUAUCAAUUGUAUGACUUUCAUACUGAGAAUUUGAGACAAUAAAUAUCGUGCACAAAUUCACAUUAUUGUUUAGUUUUGAUGUGUAACCUAGCAUUAUUUUGUUAUUGAUGAAAAACGUAGAGAACUGUUGAGAAUACAGGCUUAUACAGUUGGAGUACAGUUUUUAUGAAUUAGUUUUGCUUAAUUUUAGACAUUUUAAACAACUUAAUCCCAAUUCUUCUUUUAUGUCAUUAGGAAAGACUGUAGAUAGCAACGCCGGUUUGAAAUUUUUACAAGUUUAUGAAUUUUACUAAAUUGUUUGAGGACUUAUCGAAAGGAAAUUAUCUUUGCUCACUUUAAAUUUAAGAUUUACUUAUGCUGUUAAUUAUCAAAAUAAGCCAUUAUUUUAACUAUCAAAGUGGUAUAUCUAAAGUGCUCUUAAACAUGACUUCGGUUUUAUUCUAAGAUCCAGUUGCUUCGUAGACUGUUCAACAUACAGCUCAGUAUCAGAAGAGUUGAGUAAAGCCAGCAUACAUUUAGUAAAAGCUGGAAUAACCCUGCUAAAGUAAGGUCUGAUUUUAUCGAUUUUCCUUAAACUGUGGGACUGGAGAAUUUCUAAUUUCUUGAACUAUUUACAAAGUCAAAUUCACGAUUUUGUCUUGCAACUGUUAAUUGUACGUGAGACGGCCGGUGUAAAGGCUACUUUUAUUUGAGGCAAUACGAUGCUAUUGGAGGAAAAAAUUAUUUAGGAUAUUCCUGAACUAAUUUAAUUUUGGUUUUCGCAGAACUACUCAGGUUACAUCAAGUUAUCUGACCUUUACAGUUUUCUUUAAGUUGUAGUUAAAAGUAAAAACACUCUACAGUCUGUAAAUAGAAACGGCUUCUAGAGUGUUAGCACCACGAUAGAAAAUUGAUAAAAAUGGAAGAAAUGUAGCCUUAGUAUAUAUUAUACUAAUGAAAUGUAAUCUUAUUAUUAUGUGUGGCAUCUUCUUAAAUAAAUCGCCGAUUCAAAGUCGGUAAAGUCAAAAGUAGAGGGAAUAGAUGCUCAAUGAGACAUUUCGGUUUUUUUUUAAAUACCGUUCUAAUAGAAAAAGCGGCUAAUGUUUGAUCAGUCUGAAUAUAUUUCGAUUUGUGAUGUGGAAUAUCCUUGUCAUUGAUUUCCUAUGGAUCUGUCUCUACGUUUGUAGUAUUUACUCUCUAAAGUAGAUAUCUUUUCGGUUUGUUGCGUGAACAAGGAGAUAUUUCAUGGUAAUACUCUUCAGAUGUUUCCUUUUGGUCAACUCUGUCUGAAGCAUAUCUUAAUUUUGUAUAAACUUUAACCACCGCUAAGUACAGUCUGGGGAAAUGACGUUUUCAAGGGCAGUUAACUCUUUUUCAGCACCGGUGACCUAUGAUUUUAUUGCAUAUUUUUGUUUCUUAGAUGAUUAUCUUUCAAUAUCCAAAGUUUGAAGAAAUUCUGUUAUUGGGAAAAAAUUCGCUCCAAAUUCUAGCAUACGUCCUUAAAUCAAACGCGUAGCCGUUUUACGUAUAUUUUUUGGUUGUUGAAAAUAAAGACACAGCUGCUUUACAUAUAUUAAGACCGGAAGAGAUUUGUUCAAAAGAUUACAUUGUUCCAAUACUUCUAUAAUUAUUGUAUAAAGGCACAAUAUGCUGUAACUGGAACGACAUAUGUUUUGAAAACAAUGCAAAUUUCAGAAUAUCUGGAGUAAAUAGUUAUAUGUGUCGAGGCUGACUAUUACAUGUUCAGCUUUUAUGAUAUUAUGUUAGAACAUGUAAGAAUGUAUACUGUCAUAUACAGUAAUUGCUCUUUAUAUUGUAAAAAUGUUCUGGUAAAUAUGCAAUAAAAUAUUAUCCAUCCGCUA